UGUCAGGGAGGAAGGAAGAUUGGAAGAGCUGCGUGCUAGGGUCGUGGUGGUGGUUGGGGGGGGAGUCAGGGCGCGUGAGGAAGACCCCAGGCUGCUACCUGGUGACCAUCCACCUGGAUUCCUUGAACCCCUGGUCUGGGGGCUGCACCGAGCUCGGGAGACGCGAUCCGGUCCUUGGGAAGCUCUGGAAGGAUUAAGCGCCCCUCCCCCCUCUGCAGGGACAAAGGCAUCGAAACCCCGAGUGCCCCUCCCCCACCUGCCUGGCCUUCUCGGGGCGGGGCUCCCUUCCCCCUCACCUGCGGGAGAGGACUCCGCUGCCCGCGCCGCCAUUAAGCCCCUUCCUGGGCGCGGGGGUCCCAGGCUGCAUUGGCCCAGCCGGCCCGGGCGCCCUUCGAUAGGUAGAGCCCUCGGUGAGUGGCGAGGGAAGGGGACAUGGAAGGGCUCACACCCGGACGAAUCUCUCUCCUGAGGCCACGAGGUCGGCCCUCAAGCCCCUUGACCUCGCCAUGGCCUCUGCCGGUCUGCAGAUCUUGGGGAUCGUCCUGACGUUGUUUGGCUGGGUAAAUGCCCUGGUGUCAUGUGCCCUGCCCUUGUGGAAGGUGACAGCCUUCAUCGGAAACAGCAUCGUGGUGGCGCAGGUGGUGUGGGAGGGGCUGUGGAUGUCCUGCGUGGUGCAGAGCACGGGGCAGAUGCAGUGCAAGGUGUACGACUCGCUGCUGGCGCUGCCCCAGGACCUGCAGGCCGCCCGGGCCCUCUGCGUCAUCGCCCUCCUGCUGGCCCUCCUGGGCCUGCUGGUCUACCUCGCCGGCGCCAAGUGCACCACCUGUGUGGAAGACAAGGACUCCAAGGCUCGCCUGGUGCUCGCUUCUGGGAUCAUCUUUCUCAUCUCCGGGGUCUUGACCCUCAUCCCCAUCUGCUGGACUGCACACGCCAUCAUCCAGGACUUCUACAACCCCCUGGUGGCUGAUGCCCAAAAGCGGGAGCUGGGAGCCUCCCUUUACCUGGGCUGGGCAGCCUCAGGCCUCUUGCUGCUGGGUGGGGGGCUGCUGUGCUGCACCUGCCCCUCCGGAGGGUCCCGCGGUCCCAGCCAUUACAUGGCCCGCUACUCAGCAUCUGCUCCGCAUUCCCCCUCUCGAGGGCCCUCCGAGUACCCCACCAAGAAUUACGUGUGAUGCCUGUAGGAAAGAGGCUCUGCUGGCCAGGGAGCCCUGGUCUCUGAGCCUCAGCCAUCACCAAAGGAUGUCCUAUGGCUUUGGGGGAGGGGUUUUUACAGUACUGGGCAUUGAACCUAGGUCCUUGUACACAUGCCAGGUAAGCACUGUGCCAAUGAGCGGUGCUAUGCCUUACCCUGGUGCCCAGAC